GUAAUAUGAACACUGUAUAUGGCACAAAGCCAAAGAAUGUAACGCAAUUUGCUUUUUUAAAAUGAAUUUUUAUGUUACUUUGUUUUACAUUAAAAGAUUACUUUAUAAGAUAUUUACUUACAGCUGACGGCAGUUUCUUAUUCAUUGUUAUUGGUAUUUCUGGAGCAGCAUUUCUAAUCAUCACUGUAAUUGUAAUUGGAAUUCUUUGUUUGCGAGUAAACAAGAAGAGUAAAACUUCUAUAAAAAAUGAUACUACCCAAAAGAAAGACCCUGCGUUAGAACUGACGGAGAAUGUUCUCUAUAUUACUACCGACGAGGUGCAUGAAAUGCCACCUUCGGCCCCUUCAGAUAACAACACUACCGCCACAGACGUUUACGCCGUUGUCAACAAGGAAAACAAAAAUGGAAAUCAAAUUCCCGCCUACGCUGAAGUUCGUACCUCACAAAAAGGAAAGGACAACCAAAAAACGGAAAAGAAACCUGAUGAGAAGGGAGAAAAUAACCCUGGACAAAACGCAAACAAAGAUGGAAUGGUUUACAUUGAAAUUGAUUUUAAUGACAAGCCUUCAAACGGAAAUACCGUCUUGCACGGAGCCGAAGACAAGAUAUUGUAUGUCGACAUAGACUCGGUCAAACAUGCUGAACCACUUCCAAAGAAUGGAGGAGAAGGAAAUGAUGACUCAAAGCAAAAUGGGAAAGAAUAACAGGGGAAAUAAAAUGACGGUCGAAAAAUACAACCCCUGAAAAUUUCAGUUUCCAUGACCUUGUUAUGAACUGUAAAAAUCUUUCCAAUAACAGCUUGACACUUUGCUUGAUCCACAUUAGUAAAAUUUCAUAUAUUGAAUACCUAAUUACCCAUUGAUUGGAUGUCUUACUUACAGUAAGAUUAAAAAGGUGAAAGUUUAAGAGAAACGUUUAUUUGUUAUCGCCAUUUUACUGGAAAUUUUUUAAAACGUAUUUUUAAAUUAAAAAAAAAAGCCAAUGCCUAUCCCCCAUAAAAAAUCAAGAGAUCCACAGGAAUUCUAAUUUCUUUAAAACGUUAAAGAGAUGUAUUUACUAAUAAUGUGGUCUCCUCGUUUUGUUUAUGUCUAGUUUAAAAGGAUGCAAAAUAUUAGUAUUAGAAGGAACGAUUUAUACACUGUUCAUUUCUGUAUGUGUCUUGUUUAUUUGUUGCUGUUUUUUAAUUCACACAACAUACAAUAUUAUAUAAUUAUGUAUUAAUAUCCUUUCUUCAAGCAAACGAACAAAUUCUUCUAGAAAAUUUCAUGUAU